CUGGGUGUCGGAAGAAAGAGCCGUGACGCGCGUUACUCGCCUUCGUGAAAAAAAAAAAGAAAGGAACAAACAGAGAUAUCGACGCCGUUGGUUUUACGCGCGGGAAAGUCGAGUGGAAGUAAAUUUCCAGGAAGUCAUCUCGCACAACCCCUGUGGAUUUCGCCUUCGCCAGGAAUCGUGCGAGGAUCUCUUCAGGAUCCCACGGGAGAGACUUUCGCUGGCUGGGUGAACGGCGCUCACGCAGAAGAAGAUGUGGAAGUGCUGCUCGUGCUGGUCGUAAACUACGGUCCAAAUGCGCGAUGGUCAGGCCAUCGGAAGGCGGUGGGCUUCUGAUAGUCGGCUGGCUUCUGGCGUUGCGCUCCAUCGGCGCCGGCGCCCAACUGGACCCCGAUUACGGAUGUCCGCCUCAGGAGAGGAUACUGCCAUGCAGGUGCUCGACGCGCGACAUGGAGGUUCAGAUAUGGUGUAGUCAUAGCGAGCUACCGAAGGUACUGGAGGGUCUCAAGGCGGUGAGCCACUACGUGGACCGACCGGUGGAUGAGCUGAUCCUGGAGAACAACAACUUGCCGAGUCUACCCGGCAAAGUGUUCGCGACCCUGCGCGUCUUGCGCCUGAUGUUGCGUAACAAUCGUCUCGAAAGGGUGUCGUCCGGCUGGCUGGAGGGACUGCACGACUCGCUGCUGGAGCUCUUCAUCGUCGAGCCAGACUUACGGUCCUUGCCCGUGGACAGUCUGGAGAACCUGCAGGGUCUCGAGGCGGUGACGCUGCAGAGCCGCGUAAUGAAGCGGCUGCCAAGGUUUUCCAGUCUACCAAAGCUCAGGUACUUGCAGAUCAACUCGCCCGCCUUGCUGGAGCUCGCGCCCAGGAACUUCCGUGACAUCCCAAAUCUGGAGCAGCUGCACGUGUUUGGUAGUCCAAGGCUGACCAGGCUGGAAGCCGGUCUCCUUCGAAGUCUACCGCGGCUGGAACUGAUCAACGUCACCGACUCCGGCAUCCACUGGAUCCACCCGCGGGCGGCGAUCGAUCUGCCGGACCUGAAGGAGGUCUCCUUGGCGGGCAACGCGAUAGUCGACGCCGCCAUGGUCGGUCGUGCGUGCGUCGACCUGCCGUCGUUGUCGAUCAUACGUCUGGACCGUAACCGUAUCAAUCGCCUCGGUGAAGGCUCGUUCGUCGAUCUGCCGGUGUUGUCGCGCCUCUACCUGUCGCGCAACGUCAUCACGGAGAUAUUCGCCGGAGCGUUCCAACGGGUGCCGCUCCUCAAAUCGGUGGACUUGAAUCACAACCUGAUUCACCGGAUCCACCCGGAGUUCUUCCCGCGCCGUGCGGUGAACGUGCUGGAGGAGAUGUGGCUGAUCAACAACGACCUGAGCCACGUGGCCGAGAUACGCUCGGUGCUUGAGGCCUUGCCGCGGUUGAAGUUCCUAGAUGCCAGUCACAACCAGCUGGAAGAGAUACCGUUUGGCACUCUGAGAGGCCAUCCUACUUUGGAGAGGCUGCAUCUCAAUCACAACCGACUGGCGUUCCUGCAGAGGGAGACGUUCACAGCGAUGCCGGCGCUCAGGGAGCUCCGGCUGAAGAACAAUUCCCUGUCAAACCUGCUGGAAGCUCCCUUUUGGAAUUUGCCGGCGUUGAAGGGCCUCGAUCUCUCGGAGAACUACUUCCGUCACAUAGAGCCGCAUCUGCUGACGAAUCUGCCGAGUCUCAGGCGACUGGAUCUCAGCGGUAACGCGAUCAGCCUGAUCGAGCCCGAGUCCUUUCUCAACACACCAGCGUUGGAGCACGUGAACGUGUCGGGCAACGCCUUGUCCAUCCUUCAUCCUCUCACCUUUCGUCACCUAACAAACCUGUACGAGCUGGACGUCGGCUGGAACCGCAUGCUGGAGGUGGUGCCCGGUCUGCCGAAGGACAUCGAACACCUUCACAUGCCGAUGAACCGCAUCGUCGCUUUGCCGGUGGUAUCCUCGCAGGAUUUAGCCCUGCCCGCUUUGCGAUCGCUGGAUCUUAGCGCGAACGGUAUCGAAAGGAUUCCGCCCGGCACGCUCGCCGAUCUGCCGAACCUGAGGAGACUGAAUCUGGGCUACAACGCGUUGCGGCUUCUCGAAGACGGCGUCUUCGACGGGCUCGGCCGAUUGGAACAGUUGGACCUGAGGUACAAUCGAUUAGUCACGUUGCAUGGACGAAGCUUCCGGCCGCUCAAAUCGUUGAUGGACGUGAAUCUGCGCGGCAAUCGAGUGGAGGUCCUCCGGCCGGACAUCUUUCAAGAAAACGUACGGCUGCAGAGAAUCGACUUUAGCAGAAACAAUCUUGCCCAAAUUCCUCACGCCACCUUCACCAAUACCAGAGACCUUCGCGAACUGUACGCGUCGCACAAUACUUUGACCGAGUUACCCGGAUCGCUGCACGGCUUAACAGCUCUUCGGGUCCUCGACUUGAGCUUCAACAAGCUGAACAUCCUAUCUCCGGAAACGCUGAGCAGCCUGUCGUCCUUGCUGGAACUGAAGCUGGUCAGAAACCGUAUACGAGAACUGCGGGAGGGCGCGUUCGAUGGCUUACCGCGGCUGUCCCUAAUCGAUCUGGAGAACAAUGAUCUGCGAGUAAUCGAAAGAAAUGCGAUCAGGGCGUUACCGGAACUGCAGGCCGUCAGGCUCGGCAGUAACCGAUUGCAGUCCAUCCCCAGCGGCGCUUUCACCGAGCUGCCGUUGCUGCAGAGCGCAGAGCUCCAGGAAAACCGCAUUCAGGAAAUCGCCGGUAAUGCCUUCAUUAACGUACCACACCUGCUGUUCCUUAAUCUAAGUCACAAUCAUCUUUCCGGACUGGAGUACGUCGGUCUGGAGAGCCUCCGUUCGUUAGAGGUCCUUGAUCUCAGCCAUAAUCGACUGUCCAGGGUCUCCAGCAAUAGUCUGGCGGCUAUGGAGUGGCUGGUCGAGCUGAAGAUGGACAAUAAUCGCAUAUGUGCGGUGCACGGCUCGCCUUUCGACGACAUGCCGAGGCUACGGGUGUUGAGUCUGCGAAGCAAUCGCAUGACCGCGGUCUCCGAGAGCGCCUUCAAGAGACUGCGAUCGAACAUCGCAGUUUUGGACAUCGACGGAAACCCGUUAUCCUGCUCUUGCGGCAUGCUCUGGCUGCGAGGAUGGCUGCAGCAGGCUUCCACGGAAGGACCCCGUUGUGCCGAUGGUUCUCUCUUCAAGGAACUCCGACUGUCGCGUCAGGACUGCCAGCGUGAGAGAUACGCGGAACCGGUUCAUCCAGGUUGCGAAACCGAAAUGAUUAACGUCGCUACGCCGUCGGUUUCUUCAUCCGCGUUCGGCAUCACGGAGACGGUGCCACUCUGGAUGAACCUCAAGGACUCUUCGACGCAGAAGCCGUCCAUUUCUCAGGACCCCGAUUACUUCUACGAGUACUUGGAUUACCAGCAGGAUAACACGAGCAUGUCACCACCCGGCGUGUCCACCGCCAGCGUGCCCACACAGACCGUGAAGAUCAUUCAGCCGCCGUCGCCGCCGCCGCCGCCGCCGUCGCCGUCGCAGACGCAGAAGCAGCAUCAGAGUCAACAGAAGAACGCGACGUCGCCGGUGAAGAAGCAUCCGGCGAUGCCACCGUCGCCCAGUAGCUCCGGCUUUACCUUCUUUGGCGUGCCGUUACCGAGCCUGAAUUUCAACCUUUGGGGACACUCGGGCAGGAAAGCCGAGAGGAAGGAAUCCUCGUCGUCGUCGGGCAGACCAGGUCGCGGACGUUACCGAUUCUUCCCGCCGACGGAGCCCGAGAUUCACCGGGGUGGCUUCGUACCCCUGCCACGCGCUCAGAGUGGCUUCGUGCCGAUUGUCGAUCCCAGGUUGAUGUAUGAGAAACGCGCGAAGUACGAGAACGUCACGAAGUCGUCGAACGCGAGCGGCACUGUCAUGCCGCAGGAGGAACGCGUUCGAAAGAGCGGCAACAGCACUGUGAUCAAGGUGGAGAAAAACACCGUUCCUAGAACUACCAAUAAAUCGCAAACGGAGCGGGAGCGGGAAGAACUAUCGACCGCGUCGACGUUGGACCGAUCGGCCGUGCUGAUGAGCUCCUUCGAGUCCCGCAAAAUCUCGACUGACGUUAACAAAAUUAGCUCUAGCACACCGAGCACAACGAAAAAUAUAGAGCCAAUAGUCGUGGAGGAGACAUCACAAGAGGCUCAUGAGACGUCGGUGUCCACGAAAAUUUACGACAGUGAGAGUCUAGAGGUGAGCACGGAAAACGUUAAGUUCAUCGAGAAACCGCAGGUACAAACCGCCAGCAGAAUCAUUUGGACGACACCCAAAGUGACGAUGACAGAGUCGAGGAAAGCAACGACCGCCAAGGAAAUCGUAACGACGACGAUGGAGGUAGCGCCAAAAGGAAGCAGCACUGCAAAGUGGGACCUUGAAGUCUCCGAAUACGAAGGAGACUCGAGUCACUUAAGCAGCACGACCGAUUUCUACGACGAAGACGAUUCGUACACGACGAAGGCGAACCCGCCGAUUUCGCGCUUCUUAACGUCCGUGACGACCCCGGCGCUAAGUCGUCCCAAGGAAACCACAACCAUGAUGAUCUCGCACACUUCUCGAGGCACGGAAGCGUCCGCCUUAUCCGCGUUUCUGAUCCCAGGCGGGCAAGUGCCAUCCUCAGGACCAACAGUGAAUUUUCGUCCCCUCGGCAGAUCCACGAUCACAAAGGUCGCCUCGCCACAUCUCGACCGAAAUCUCGGCGAGCCGUCGAGAGAGAGGCAGAAGUUCGUCACGGGUAGCACUCUGAAAAACACCGAGAUCGUUGACGACAGGACACUAGGCCAGAACGAGGCGUUCAUCGUCGAUGAGGAAGCCAGAGUGACGGACGACGGUCCUUUCAAUUGGUAUUUCCAACAUUACAACGACACGAACUUGGAACCUUACGUGGGCGUAGUUUACGGCGGUGUCGCGAAGAUCGACGCUAGUCCAUGGCUAUUCGUGCUCGUUUGGAGUGUCCUGCUGUAAGGAUACCUGGAGCUCGCCGACUCCGUCGUUUUCUCGUUUCUUCUGUCUUGGGGACAACCGUAACGAAGCGUAAGGACGGUUCGUGUUCGUCGGAUUUGUUUCGUAAAAGACAAUUAAACACAAUGCAAGCGAAGUCUGCCAAUGAAUAUUCUUGUAUGUGAGUGCUGAAAUCGCACACUGCGUGUGCAGGCAUGCUCUUAUGACGAACAAUGUAUACAGUUGCGCGGUACGUUAUAC